AAAACUAGGUGAACUGCUGGAACUCGCGAGCAACUUUUCAACGAGUUCCUCUGACUUUUUCUAGUUAUGACCUCUCGCAAAAUUUGACACCAGGCAGUUUAUCGAAGGGGUGGCGUAAACGGAUACGUGAAGAAAUCAGACUCAGUGACGUUGCACAUCCUAUGUUUCACAUGAGGAACUUUUCUGCAACGCUAUAAAUUGGACAAUGUUGCGACAGCCCGGGAGAGAAGGCGCUGUUGUUUUGAACUUGACAUUGUUUUUAUAUCACUUUAUGUAAGAGAUUGUCGCUUUUAGGCCCUCUCUUAUUAUUUUUGAUCCGCGGAUGCAUAACUCAUUAUCGUCAUGACAAAGGAAAAUCUUUGGAGCGUGGCAACCACGGCGACUCUUUUCUUCUGUUUAUGCUUUUCAUCUUUUAAAGCGGAAACCCCAUCUUGUCAUGGUGCCUACGACCUGUACUUUGUGUUGGACCGAUCUGGAAGUGUUUCGACUGACUGGAGUGAAAUCUAUGACUUUGUCAAAAAUCUUACAGAGAGAUUUGUGAGUCCAAAUCUGCGAGUGUCCUUCAUUGUUUUUUCAUCAAGAGCAGAGAUUGUGUUACCGCUCACUGGAGACAGGUCAGAAAUUAAUAAAGGCCUGAAGACCUUAAGUGAGGUCAAUCCAGCUGGAGAAACAUACAUGCAUGAAGGAAUUAAAUUGGCAACUGAACAAAUGAAAAAAGAGCCUAAAAAGUCCUCUAGUAUUAUUGUGGCCUUGACUGAUGGAAAGCUUGAAACGUAUAUCCAUCAACUCACUAUUGACGAGGCUGAUUCAGCAAGGAAGUAUGGGGCUCGUGUGUACUGUGUUGGUGUAAAAGACUUUGAUGAAGAACAGCUAGCCGAUGUGGCUGAUUCCAAGGAGCAAGUGUUCCCAGUCAAAGGAGGCUUUCAGGCUCUCAAAGGCAUCGUUAACUCGAUCCUCAAGCAAUCAUGCACCGAAAUCCUAACAGUGGAACCGUCCAGCGUCUGCGUGAACCAGUCCUUUGACAUUGUUUUGAGAGGGAACGGGUUCGCAGUGGGGAGACAAACAGAAGGAGUCAUCUGCAGUUUCAUAGUGGAUGGAGUUACUUACAAACAAAAACCAACCAAAGUGAAGAUUGACUACAUCCUAUGUCCUGCUCCAGUGCUGUAUACAGUUGGACAGCAAAUGGAGGUUCUGAUCAGUUUGAACAGUGGAACAUCAUAUAUCACCAGUGCUUUCAUCAUCACUGCCUCUUCAUGUUCGGACGGCACAGUGGUGGCCAUUGUGUUCUUGGUGCUUUUUCUCCUGUUGGCUUUGGCUCUGAUGUGGUGGUUCUGGCCUCUAUGCUGCACUGUCGUUAUUAAAGACCCACCUCCACAAAGACCUCCUCCACCUCCACCUAAGCUAGAGCCAGACCCGGAACCCAAGAAGAAGUGGCCAACUGUGGAUGCAUCUUACUAUGGGGGAAGAGGAGCUGGUGGAAUCAAACGCAUGGAGGUCCGUUGGGGAGAAAAAGGGUCUACAGAGGAAGGUGCAAGACUAGAGAUGGCUAAGAAUGCAGUAGUGUCAAUACAAGAGGAAUCAGAAGAACCCAUGGUCAAAAAGCCAAGAGCACCUGCACAAACAUGCCAUCAAUCUGAAUCCAAGUGGUAUACACCAAUCAGAGGCCGUCUUGACGCACUGUGGGCUCUUUUGCGGCGGCAAUAUGACCGAGUUUCAGUUAUGCGACCAACUUCUGCAGAUAAGGGUCGCUGUAUGAAUUUCAGUCGCACGCAGCAUUAACAGAGGACAAGCUCUAGAAUAUGAAACACUUUGACUUCCAAGUGUUCCAGAUUGGACAAGAGAAAAAAAAGCAAAAUUUCCCCGAGAUGUCAUAGCUUGUCUUUGGCCACUUUAGAGCAUCUCAAGUAUUGGCUUUCCAAAACGUACAAUUCUGGGUCUGCUAUCUCUCUCUCAAGCCACUGAAAUGCAAUGACUAAUUAGAUUAACACACACACACACACACACAAAAAGAAGUGUCUGAAUUUGCAGCUGAUCUGGUUAGCUUUAAUGCACAGUAAAGGCGUUUUGGUGUUCGGACCAUAUUGUGCCUUCUGUGAGGAAAAAAAAAAA